UAACUAGGAAGCAUCAAGUAGUAGUAACUUUGAAAAUAGUGACUCAAGACUAUGUACUUGAAUAUAUAUAUAUCUACAAAGCUUGCAAGGUGGUUCUUUUCCCUCUGUUUCCUGUCUCACUUGUCUUUGAGCUUCAGACCAUUUCCUCUCACACCCGUGACUARUGUGUCACGUCCUGAUCCUUGCACCCCCUGCCCGUCUUUAUCUAUACCUUACAUCUAUUCUUUAUUUAUCUCUCUCCCACUCUCUCUCUCUCGAUGUAGGAGAUUUUGUUUUGGAAAAAGAUUUAGGCUGCGUCCUCGGUCUUUCUCAGCCUGUGGUCUCGCUCACCUGUGUCAACAUGGUGACGGUACCAGGUGUGCUGCCGACCCUUGUGUUAACAGGACUGUGUGUCCACAUCACAGGAUCAUCUAGAGCCGUCUGUACCACCAGUCUGUAUUCCCUGAACUUAAACUGUGUCCUGCAGUGGGAUUGUCCACAGGCCAACGCUACCACCACCUACACCGUCCAAACUAAGACUCAGGGGGAUUCGUGGCAGGACGUGGAGAGUUGUGUGCGGUUCUCCUCCCAGCUGUGUGACCUGUCCGAGGCCUUCUCUAACUUUGAGGUGUACAACCUGAUCCGCCUGGGCCUGCACCAGGGCCCGGGGAGUCCAGUCUGGACACAACAACUUGGGUUUGACGUCCGUGAUUUCAACUUCAGCAGUCCCUCCGUCUUGGUUUCUCUGUCUGGAGAGAAGCUGGUCGUGGAGGUGCACUUACCUUGUUCUAGCAGAAGGGAUUGUCUUCCUCUGCAGAGCUGCUGUCCACUGUCAAAUUUUAUUGACCUCUGUGUCAACGUGACAGUAUAUAACCAACAGAACUCCUCUGACUACAAGACGCAGAUUGGUUUGGCCCAGAAGAUGGUGUACGGGGCAGAGUUCUCAAACCUGGUCCCAGGACAGGACUACUGUGUCGUGGCUAACUUCUCCAUCAGUCCGACCACCUUCCCCCAGGCCUCGUCUCCUCCCUCGGACCCCAGCUGUGUCCACCAUGCUGGCCCAGGCCUAGGGUUGCAGCCAGUGUUGUUGGGGAUAGGAGUGUGUGCUGUACUCUUCUCUCCUCUCCUUGCUCUGGCUCUGUACCUGCUGAAACAAAAACGAGAUGCACCACACGUAAACCGACUCCCCAAGACUCUAGCAUCUCUUCAGGCAUUCCUCCAGGACUUGCCGGAGUCCCCUUCAGACCCUGUUGACCCCAGUGACAUUGUAGACGACCACCUCUCCAUCCUGUCCUCUUUCUCCAGCUGUGUCUGCACCAAGGCCCAGGCCCCAAGCCUAGGUAAUAGGUACAACAGCAACCCCUUCCUCAGUGACUAUAGGUCAGGCAACAUGCACUGGAACACUGAGGGAAUGGAGCUGGACCUGAACUCUGGCAGCACCAUAUCCCUGCCAUGCUCCACUGUGCCUAUAGGCCUACAUAUGAUCCAGUGCAGCUUUGAUUCACCUCGACAACCACAUCCAGGGCCCAAUGUGCCAGUACUACCGUACCCUGGCUCUCUAGCUCUGUCAGAGGCCGUGGAGGGCCAGGUGGUCCCGCUGUGUUCUGUGAGGUUUGGGAGGGUGAGUGAGGGGGACGGGGGUGAGAACCUAGAGGGACUACAGUGGUGUAACCUGUAGCACGUUGCACUGCAGUACUCACAAUGCUAUGUUUAACAUAUUCCUUUGAACGCCACAGUGCUGAGAGGAGUUAAAAAACUGUAUUGACCAUUUGUUAAUUUUUUAAAAAUGUUGUCCUCAGCUUACAGGCAUACAUUGUCAGUUCCAACCGGACUGUGGUAAGGUCCAGCACCUUACCAAGGUCAACCAUAACAAGGACAAUACUGGACUGUGUAAUCAUAAACAUAUACAGGGGACGAUGGAUGGGAAACAGUGAUUGGUCCUAUAGUUCUGGAAACCACAUUAGCCUGCGUAUGGCUCAUAAUAAUAUCACUGUGUCUGGGGGAUUUUGAUUUAUAAUGUUGGGGGUUGGAUCAUGAGUCCAAACUAAACAGUGUGUUUGCCUGCCAAUCAUAAACGUUACUUCUCAGGCAUCCAACAGAGAUCGCAUCUAACCUUGAACUUUGUUUUUUUGGAGCAGCUUUUUAUGGGUUCUGCUAUAUUCAGUCAAUUCAUCAGGAAACCUGAUCGAAGAUGGUCGCUUUGUGUGCUGGCUAGCUCUGCAGCUGAGGUGGUGAAGUUGGAUUGGGGAUUUAUGUGGUGUUCAACAGGCAGUAAAAAAUGUUGGGGGGGCUUGCAUGUUAUUUUGGCAUUAAUAAGUGUCACAUCAGUUUGCAAACAAUACAAUAA